AUGGUAUCUUCAAAUUUAGAAAUACCUGUAUUUUAUCCUACAUAUGAUGAAUUUAAAGAUUUUUCAACGUUUGUUUCUUCAAUUGAAGCACGUGGUGCACAUAAAAUUGGUUUAGCAAAAAUUGUUCCACCUAAAGAAUGGACAGCACGUAAAAUGGGUUAUAAACAAAAACAAAUCUAUGAAACAUUAGUAGAAAAUCCUAUAAGACAAGAAAUACAUGGAAAAGAUGGAGUUUAUUCUGUAUUUAAUAUUCAACAACCAUCAAUAAAAUUAAGUUCAUUUCAAAAAUUAACAUCAUCAAAUCGAUAUGCACCACCAAUAUCAAUUUCGAAUGAUUUAGAAAAAUUAGAAAAAAAAUAUUGGCAAAAUUUAACUUCAAAUGCAGCAAUAUACGGAGCCGAUGUUAGUGGUUCAUUUUAUGAUGAAAAUCAAACAAUUUGGAAUAUUAAUCAUUUAGGAACAAUUCUUGAUGAUAUUGUUACUGAACAAGGAAUGAAAAUUCAAGGUGUUAAUACAGCUUAUUUAUAUUUUGGUAUGUGGAAAUCAAGUUUUGCUUGGCAUACUGAAGAUAUGGAUCUUUAUUCAAUUAAUUAUCUUCAUUUUGGUGCACCAAAACAAUGGUAUAUUAUUCCACCAUCAUAUGGUAAAAAAUUUGAAGAAUUUGCUGCAACUCGCUUUCCUGCAUUAGCACGACGAUGUCCAGCUUUUCUUCGUCAUAAAAUGACAAUUAUAUCGCCAACAAUAUUAACAAAACAAUCUAUUCCAUAUAGUAAAAUGACACAAUAUGAAGGAGAAUUUAUGAUAACAUUUCCUUAUGGUUAUCAUUCGGGUUUUAAUUAUGGUUUUAAUUGUGCUGAAUCAACAAAUUUUGCUUUAGAACGUUGGAUUGAAUAUGGAAAACAUUCAAUUAGAUGUACUUGUAGAGGUGAUAUGGUUACAAUUAGUAUGGAUACAUUUGUUUAUAAAUAUCAACCAGAACUUUAUGAAGAUUGGUGUCGAGGUAUUAAUUUAACACCACAUCCCGAAGAUAAACAAUUGUGUAAAAUAAACAAAGAAGAUUUAUUAGCAAAAAAAUGUUUAUUAAUUAAUAAUAAUACUAAUAAUUCGAAUAAAACUUGUAUUGAAUCAUUAACAACUAUUGAACAAUUACAACAACAUUAUCAUCAUAAACGUAUAUCUGAUGAACGAUAUGUUUGUAUAUUUCGAAAUUUAGCAAAAUUUGAUAAACAAAAACAAUUAUCAAUAAAUCAAUAUUCAAUUCCACUUAUUCGAGCUGCACUCUAUCGAGCAAAAUUUAAAAUAAAUAAAAAUUCAACGAAAAAUUCAAAAAAAUUAUUAUGUUUAACAUCUAAUUUAAUAUCAAAUUAUUCUUAUUCUAUUUUAUCUAGUUCUUAUUUAAUAUUUUUUAAUGGUCUUAAACAAGCAGGUAAAUAUCGUGAAUAUAUUCUUAAUGGUCUUUGGAAUUAUCAAUUAUUAAAUAUUAAUUUUGAACAAUUAUUUAAUCAAUGGUUAUCUAAUCAAUCAUCAAAUUGUUCAAUUUGUUAUUUUAUUGAUAAAAAUAAUUUAAAUAAAUUAUCAUCAAUUCGUUCUUUAUUAAAAUCUGAAGUAUAUUAUAAUACAUUAAAUAAUUCAAAUGAAUUACUUCAAUGUUCAAUAUGUCAUAUUUGUGUACAUCAAGAUUGUUAUGAAUGUAUAUGUCUUGCAUUAAAUGUAGAUAUUAAUAAUGAAUAUGAUCAAUGGUUAUGUCAACGUUGUACUUUAAAAAAUAAAAUUUCAAAUACAAUUGAUGAUCGUUGUUCAGCUUGUUUACUUCGUGGUGGUCUUCUUCUUUAUCCUCGUUUAUCAUCAUCAUUUAUUCAUGCUAUCUGUUCAAUAUAUCAAGUUUAUCAAAUUUCAUCUCAAAUAAAUUCAUGUUAUUAUUGUUGGUCAUUUUGUCCAUUAAAUUAUCGACGUAUAUCAACACAUAUUUAUGCUUCUUGUAAUUCUAAUCAAUGUACAAAUACAUUUCAUAUAACAUGUGGUCUUAUUAAUGGAUGUACAUUUCAAAUUGAUCAAGAUCAUUUAAUUAUUGAUGCUCGUUGUCAUUUACAUGCAAUAAAUUCUAUAUUAAAUUCAUCGAUAUCGAUAAUGACUAGUGGAUCAUCAACAAUUGAUGAUAAAAUAAUAGAAAUUAGUAGUGAUAAUCUAAUAGAUGGCAAACAACAACAACAACAACAAGAAGAAAAUCGAGAUGAUGAUAAUAAUAAUAAUCAUAAUAUAGUUGAAGAAAAAAAACGUAUACCUAUAGGAACUCGAGUAUUAAUUAAUGAUACAAAAGGACAAAAACUUGGUCAAAUUAUUGGUAAUGAAUUAAGUUAUCACUAUUCAGUUGAUUUUGGUGAUGAUACUUAUAGUCAUGAUAUGCUUGCUGAAGAUAUACUUGAUUCUGAUCCAUCAAAAUUAAUUAUUGGUUCAACUGUACGUAUAAAAUGGACUGAUGGUACAAUUUAUACAUGUAAAUAUCUUGGACGUCAACGAGUACUUUUAUAUCAUAUAAAAAUUAAUAAUGAAAUUCGACAAUUACAACGAAAUGAAUUUUCACUUGAUAUUCAAUUACCAACACCACCAGUAACACCUUCAACAAAUGAAUAUGAAUUUGAUUCUAAUCGACGAUCAUUAUUUAUAACAUCAACAAAACGACAAAAUCAACAACAAAAACAACCAAUUAAACGAAAACGACGACGUCUUCUUUUAUCAUCUUCAUCAUCAUCUGAUGAAUCUUAG